ACUUGGAAGAAAGGUUGACCUAAGAAAACGUCAUACUCAAGACAAACAGCCUUUCGUAAAUAGUUGAGGAGUUUGGGUGUUGAAUGAAGGGAAAACGAGACGUCGUAACGGAAUUUGGUGACUUCUGCUGACUUUGGGAAAGAUCUCCGCUUGAGCAGAUGAGGAGGAAGGAGAAGAAGAAGAAGACGUAGAGGAAGAGAAAGAAAAAGACAAAUCAGCAGUCUGGAUUACUUCAAGCUGCUGCAGUCCGGCAUAAAGGUGGAUGUGCGUAUGGUGAUGCAAUCAGCACUCCCUGCUCAUAAACCCUCAACUGACACGGACACUCAACCACAGCCCUCGGGGCCGUCAGUGUGUGAGUUUCCACGGAGCGUAGCAGUGUGCUGGAGAGCGUGCCUCCUGUCCCCCUCCAUCCUUCCCCAACCCUCUUGACGGGAGCAAGUGUGUGUGAGUGUGUGCGUUAAGUGUGUGUGUGUGUGUGUGAGAGAGGAAGAAAGCGCAACUUAGCGAGAGUCUGUGUCUGCACACGUGUGUGUGGGUGGGUGACUACACGAAAUCGGACUUGCCAUCUAAUUCUGCUACUACUACUACCGGCGGCACUGAAACAAGCAUCGGGGAGUCCUAGAGCAACCCCAUCCAAGCCUCCCCCCCCUCCCUUCCUCGACUUGGAAGGCGCUGUGGGAUGCUGCGACCGAGGCGACCCGUCCGCUGUCUUCCUCUGCCACUGCCACUAGCGCUACCGCUGCCUCUCCCUCUACUGCUGCUGUGGAGACUACUAGCGCUGCUGCUGCUUGCUACUCUACCGAGCGACACAGAGGCGAAUGUGUUGGACAACAUGCUGCUAAGGAGCUCUGGGAAGGUGAAGACUGACGUGGGGAAGGAGGAGAGUGGUAGCCCCGUGCCCAUCGCCCCUGAGAGGGUCCUCUGGUGCCACUGCUACCACCACUGCCCCGAAGACGCCAUCAACAACACCUGCAGGACUGAUGGCUACUGCUUUACAAUGGUGGAGGAGGAAGAGGGAGGACAGCCAGUUCACACGUCAGGAUGCUUGGGACUGGUGGGCUCUGAGUUCCAGUGCAGGGAUACAGGGAGCUCUCGCCUGAGGAGGAUUCUCGAGUGUUGCACAGACCAGGACUUCUGCAACAGAGAUCUCCACCCCACUCUACCUCCCCUCCACAACCCUGGCUAUGUGGGGACCAGUAUUCACUACAUCGCAGGGCUCAUCUCCAUCACGGCCUGCUGCUUCAUCCUCGCUCUCAUCUUGGUCUUCUGUUAUUUCAGGUACAAGCGGCAGGAGUCGCGGCCGCGCUACAGCAUUGGCCUGGAGCAGGACGACACCUUCAUCCCCUCCGGAGACUCCCUGAGGGACCUGAUAGAGCAGUCCCAGAGCUCCGGCAGUGGAUCAGGUCUCCCUCUACUGGUGCAGCGCACCAUCGCCAAGCAGAUCCAGAUGGUGAAGCAGAUCGGGAAGGGCCGCUACGGGGAGGUGUGGAUGGGCCGCUGGAGAGGCGAGCGCGUGGCCGUCAAGGUCUUCAUCACCACCGAGGAGGCCAGCUGGUUCAGGGAGACCGAGAUCUACCAGACGGUGCUCAUGAGGCACGAGAACAUACUGGGGUUCAUCGCGGCCGACAUCAAGGGCACGGGCUCCUGGACGCAGCUCUACCUGAUCACGGACUACCACGAGAGCGGCUCGCUGUACGACUACCUCAAGUCCACCACGCUGGACAACAAGGCCAUGCUGCGGCUGGCCUACUCCUCCGUCUCCGGCCUCUGCCACCUGCACACCGAGAUCUUCGGCACGCAGGGCAAGCCGGCCAUCGCCCACCGCGACCUCAAGAGCAAGAAUAUAUUGGUCAAGAAGAACGGCACGUGCUGCAUAGCAGACCUGGGGCUGGCUGUCAAGUUUAUAAGUGAUACAAACGAGGUGGACAUCCCUCCCAACACGCGUGUGGGCACCAAGCGCUACAUGGCCCCCGAGGUCCUGGACGAGAGCCUCAACCGCAACCACUUCCAGUCCUACAUCAUGGCCGACAUGUACAGCUUCGGAUUAAUACUCUGGGAGAUGGUGCGACGCUGUGUGUCUGGAGGUAUAGUGGAGGAGUACCAGCUGCCCUACCAUGACCUGGUGCCCAGCGACCCCUCCUAUGAGGACAUGAGGGAGGUGGUGUGCAUCAAGAGGCAGAGGCCCUCCUUUGCCAACCGCUGGAGCAGCGACGAGUGUCUGCGGCAGAUGGGCAAGCUGAUGACAGAGAGCUGGGCGCACAACCCUGCCUCUCGCCUCACCGCCCUCCGCGUCAAGAAGACCCUGGCCAAGAUGUCAGAGUCCCAGGACAUUAAGCUUUGAGACUCAACCCUGCCUCUCGCCUCACCGCCCUCCGCGUCAAGAAGACCCUGGCCAAGAUGUCAGAGUCCCAGGACAUUAAGCUCUGAGACUCAACGAACAAAAUUCAAGAGACACCGCACACUGCUUACUUUUCUUUACUUUAUCGCUCCGAGAAAUAAAGUAAAGAAAAGUAAGCAGUGUUCGGUGUCUCUUGAAUUUCGUUCAUUGAUUCACCUUCUCCUGCCUCACACCUGCACCUGCAUUACUGAGGGCUUGUGCACAAGGACUCUCUUGAACUUUGAGACUCAACCUUUACCCCACCCUGAAGCACCCCUACAACCACCACACCUGAGUCUGCAUCUCCAUUCUCCUGGCCACGCCGAGCGAGAUGUUGCGUCCAAAGAGGCUGACGAUGGUUCGAGAGGACAAUGGAGAUGAGCCAGUGAGAAGGACAAUGGCAUGCAGCAUUUAUCACUGCUUUCUGUGAAAGCUCCGAACACUGACAGGAUCCCCCCCAUCUCCAUCCCAAAUUUCCAGAUGUGUGGCAAGAGAGCACCAUCUAGUGGUGUGGAAGACACACUUCAAUCCAAGCCUCCGCAAAAGCUAAACUGCUGAGACCAGACAAAACCGAUAUGAAGGGAGGAGAGGCAGCUCUUAUACUCUUUGUAAAGCCAUAUGCUAUUUGUUUCCAAUGGGCAUUGAAGUACUCCACCCGUCCACCAUGCUGGGAUAAUGGACUUCAAAAGAGUCUCUCUCUGUGUGUGUGAGAGAAAAAGACACACGGUGAAUGAAGUAUUUCACACAGUAGGGAGAUACACCACUGUGUUUAAUGUAAGCUUUUGAUUUCGCACAGAAAAACGGUACAACCACAGUAUACAAAGACUGGCAACUCCAGUUCAACAAGGACUUGUAAAAUAUAUGUUAUGAUGGCAACAGAUGUUUUUUUUUGUUCGUUUUAUAUUUAAAUAAGUAAAGGACUGGAGAGAGACCAUGAAUGGCAGAAUACUAUAAUGAAGAUGUAUUGCAUAAAUGCAGCAAUCAAAUGCCACGGCGUGUCUCUGAACAGCUGUUUUCAUCUGCACUUCCUCAUCAGCAUCAGUAUUACCCAGAGUGCUCCUCUGCUUUGUGCGUGGUGCUUUAGUGCGCCUCAACCAGGUCCUCUUGAGAUGACCAGCCACAAAGGAACCAGUUCCCCCCCCAUCCCUGCAUCCAUCCUCAUGAAUAUAAACGAAACAUCCCUCUAAUUUACAAGGGUAAAAAAGGACUGAUGAAAAUCAGAAGUGUUUUUUUGUUUAUUGUUGUUGUCAUUUGUCCUUGUGUGAAGUUUUCUUUUGUACAGGAUGUUUUGUUUUGUGCCAAUCUUUUCCCGUUUGGCCUGUGCCUUAUUUAACACUUUAGUCAGCGUAUGUUUAAUGAUGUCUGUGUAUCAUAUGGCCUGUACAGAUAUGAAGGAUAAAACAUGCUUUCAGAAGGUUCUAUUGUAUGCAUCAGGGUCCUCUAAUAAAGAUAUUGACCUCA